UCAUCACUCCCCCUCUCAUUGUACUCCUGCCCUCUGCUUCCAGAAGAGAGGGAUCAUGCGUCGUCCUGUUCCCUCCUCCUACUCCUCAUUCUGGGGUCUCUGUAGCGGUUUUGCUUCUGAGCAGAGCAUUGGAAGCUGUUCAUCUUUCUUCGGCAUGGUGGACUUUUAGAUCGGAAGCUAUCAGCAAAUCAGAUCUCUGCACUACCAAAUGUCCUGGUGGGAUGGAAGUCUUCGUGGGACUCCUGCUUUCCUCACAGCACAGCUCGAUUCUCCUUGAAGUUCGAGGACAAUCCAUGAAGAAUCUCUUCAUUCCUUUAGUCUCCAACGUUGUGGAUAUCUGGCUUGGUGUAUAAUGUGUGUUUCUCUGCAUCUGAUGAUUUGACUGUGUGUGAGUGUUCAUGGCAGUCAAUUAGAGUGUCUCUGUUUGUGACAGUUGGUAGAUUUGGAAGACUGAAGAUUUGGCUGUGUGAGAGUGUGAGUGUUGCUCUGUGUGAGAUUGAGAGUGUGUGUGUUGCUCUGUGUGAGAGUGAGAGUGUGUGUGUUGCUCUGUGUGAGAGUGAGAGUGUGUGUGUUGCUCUGUGUGAGAGUGAGAGUGUGUGUGUUGCUCUGUGUGAGAGUGAGAGUGUGUGUGUUGCUCUGUGUGAGAGUGAGAGUGUGUGUGUUGCUCUGUGUGAGAGUGAGAGUGUUUGUGUUGCUCUGUGUGAGAGUGAGAGUGUGUGUGUUGCUCUGUGUGCAGUGCAGUCCCACUCCCCUCGUUCCUGGUUCUUGACUGGAGGGUUUAGCGGACGCUGGAGGGCAACGGAGACCCCCCACCUCCUCAUUGGUACUCACUACCCUGAGAGGAGAGAAGAGACAGAGAGAAGGACUGAGAGAGAGAGAGAGAGACUGAGAGGUAGGGAGAGGGACUGAGAGACAGAGAGAAAGACUGAGAGGUAGGGGGAGAGACAGAGGUAGGGAGAGGGACUGAGAGGUAGGGAGAGGGACUGAGAGACAGAGAGAAAGACUGAGAGGUAGGGAGAGGGACUGAGAGGUAGGUAGAACGAAGACAAAAAGGAAGCAUGUGAGAAACAACAAUAGGAUAGCAGGAUAGACAGAGAGACAAAUGGAGACAUAAAAAGAGAGUGAGAGAGAGACAGAGAGAGAUAGAUACAGAGAGAGAGAGAGACACACAGAGAGAGAGACAGAGACAGAGAGAGAGAGACACACAGAAAGAGGGAGAGAGACAAAGAGAGAGAGAGAGAUACAGAGAGAGAGAGACAGAGAGAGAGAGAGAGAGAGAGAGAGAGAGAGAGAGAGAGAGAUACACAGAGAGAGAGAGAGAGACAGAGAGAGAGAGAGAGAGAUACAGAGAGAGUGAGAGACAGAGAGAGAGAGACAGAGAGAGAGAGAGAGAGAGAGAGACACACCUCUCACACCUCUGUAUCCUCUCAUACACACACACAGUGAAAAGAAGACAAGGACACGUAGGCUUAAUCUGUGUGGACCUCCUCUCACCCAUGCUGUCCUCCCCUCAGUCUCCCUCCUCUCUCACACACUCAGCAGUAUGAUUUUAUUCACAGCACCUUUUGACUGCUGUUAAUUGCAGCAACAAGAGACGAGGAGUGAAUCUGUGUUCUAAUCUCAAACAGUAAUUCAACCAAACUCAACACCAAGAAUGAAGAAAGAACAAAUGUGACGACAUCUCGGAAGAGUAAAAACAAUCCACUACAGGUCCUCUUCCAAACAGUGGACUGACUCAGAGAGCACCAUUGGACUGACUCAGAGAGCACCAUUGGACUGACUCAGAGAGCACAAUUGGACUAACUCAGAGAGCACCAUUGGACUGACUCAGAGAGCACCAUCGGACUGACUCAGAGAGCACCAUCGGACUGACUCAGAGAGCACCAUCGGACUGACUCAGAGAGCACCAUUGGACUGACUCAGAGAGCACCAUUGGACUGACUCAGAGAGCACCAUUGGACUGACUCAGAGAGCACCAUUGGACUGACUCAGAGAGCACCAUUGGACUGACUCAGAGAGCACCAUUGGACUGACUCAGAGAGCACCUCCAGGGACUUUUAGACAAAACCGAGAAGUGCAGAACCACUAAAGCCCACGAGAGACAAAGAAACUAGAGACACAUACAGCCGACUGAAGACUGGAGCAAGACACUAGAGACACAUACAGCCCAGUAAAGACUGGAGCAAGACACUAGAGACACAUACAGCCGACUGAAGACUGGAGCAAGACACUAGAGACAUAUAUACAGCCCAGUAAAGACUGGAGCAAGACACUAGAGACACAUACAUCCCAGUAAAGACUGGAGCAAGACACUAGAGACACAUACCACAUACAGCUGACUGAAGACUGGAGCAAGACACUAGAGACACAUACAGCCCCGUAAAGACUGGUGCAAGGCAGGGUAAUCAGCCCCAGUAGCCCACCACUACUACCACCAGUACAACCAACGCCAGUACAGCCACUGCCAUGCAGGUGUCGUUUGCAUGUUCUGACCAGGACGGAGGAAGAGGAGGGCUGAGGCCCCCGGGGAAUGGAGGUCACAGCAAGCAGAACGCCACCAGCCCCAACACGGCCAGCCAGGCGCGGGCGCGCUUCCGAACCGUGGCCCUCAUCGCCCGCAGCCUGGGCUCCUUGACCCACCGCUACCAGCACAACCUUAAGGAGUCCACCGCCAAGCUCACUGGCAUGAAGUACCGGAACCUGGGAAAAUCAGGCUUGCGUGUAUCCUGUUUGGGCCUCGGUACUUGGGUAACAUUUGGAGGUCAGAUUUCAGAUGAGGUGGCUGAGCAGCUGAUGACCAUAGCAUAUGAGAAUGGGGUCAAUCUCUUUGACACAGCCGAAGUUUAUGCCGGGGGGAAAGCUGAGAUAAUCCUGGGGAACAUCAUCAAGAAAAAGUGCUGGAGGAGAUCCAGUCUGGUGAUCACCACCAAGCUCUACUGGGGUGGAAAAGCCGAAACCGAGAGAGGACUCAACAGGAAGCACAUCAUUGAAGGUCUGAGGAGCUCCCUACAGAGGAUGCAGCUGGAGUACGUGGAUGUUGUGUUUGCAAACCGGCCCGACAGCAACACUCCCAUGGAGGAGAUUGUGAGGGCGAUGACCCAUUUGAUCAACAAUGGCAUGUCCAUGUACUGGGGGACAUCACGAUGGUCUGCCAUGGAGAUUAUGGAAGCAUACUCGGUUGCACGGCAGUUUAACCUGAUCCCUCCGGUGUGUGAGCAGGCUGAGUACCACUUCUUCCAGAGGGACAAGGUGGAGACACAGCUACCUGAGCUCUACCAUAAGAUAGGUGUGGGUGUGGUCUCCUGGUCACCUCUAGCCUGUGGAAUCAUCACUGGGAAGUAUGAGAAUGGCAUCCCAGAAUGCUCCAGGGCCUCCAUGAAGCCGUACGCCUGGUUAAAGGAUAAGAUAGUGAGCGAAGAAGGGAGGAAACAACAGGCCAAGCUGAAGGAGCUCACUACCAUCUCUGAAAAGCUGGGCUGCACUCUGCCACAAUUAGCUAUCGCCUGGUGUCUGAGAAAUGAAGGAGUGAGCUCAGUGCUGCUGGGAACAUCCAACCCCAUCCAGCUUGCAGAGAAUCUGAGGGCCAUGGAGGUCAUUCCAAAGAUGACAGCAGGCAUUGCCACAGAGAUUGACCACGUCUUGGGAAACCAACCCCACAGGAAGAAGGACUUCCAACAAGCACAUUAAGAUGGAGCCAUUCUUCAGAACUGUGACUAAUCUGGACCAGCUCUCAUCAGUGGCACCUCCAGUCAGUGGCACCUCCAGUCAUUGUGUGCCCAACCCUGUUUGUGUGUGUGUGUGUGUGUGUUCUACGCAGUUCCUCGUCCUGCCACACCCGAAUAAAGAUCAACCAGUAGUCAGUGUCGUUAACUGAGAGCUCUGCUUGACAAAGCAUGCAUGCCACACAGCUCAUCCACUCCACUUCAGUGUAGCUCAAACCUGACGAACUAACCAGCCGUUAUCAAGAUAGACUAAGAUCACCUGAAUCAGUUGAGGCUGCUGAGGCGAGGACGGCUCAUAGUAAUGGCUGUAAUAGACUGUAAUGGAUAGAAUAGAAUUGUAUCAAACACAUGAAAACCAUGUUUUUGAUACCAUUCCAUUUACUCCAUUCCAGCCGUUAUUAUGAGCCGUUCUCCCCUCACCAGCCUCCACUGAAUCUGAUGUGCAAAUCCCUUAUGGUACACCCAGCUGUCCCGCAUUCUGUGUAGAAGCCUUUGUAGGCUAAACGGGACAUUCAUGAGAACAAACUCUUGGACAGAGGACUGUGUUCCUGUCCUCAAAGUGAUGGACAUGGACAAAUGAUCUGUCCAUGACGGUCAGUGCUGGCUGAGCCCCUCCUUUCCUACAACCUAAGUGCUUACCUAACCCUGCAUUGUUGUAGUGAUAAUUAACUGUUUCGAUACAUGCUGACAUCUUGUGGUUUUUAAACUUUUUUUCCCCCAUUGUGAUGUUAAAAUACCAACAGGGUUGUGUUGGAUUGAAUAUUUCAAAACGACAUGUGUAAUGACUGUUAACUGAUUAUAUAUAUUUUUGUCAAUGAAUGCAGAAGAACACAGUAUUAUUAUGAUAGUACUUUCAUAGUAUCUCCCCAUUUCUCUCUAACAAUGCAUACUCUUCUGCAAACAGCUAUUGCAGGCAUGUACAUAGGUCUACCGUUGGUGUAAGCAGUAUUACUGGAUGCUAUUUAGUGCCCUCGUUGCACAUACCGAUAUAUUUUCAUUUUAUCCAAGUUAAACUGAUGUAUAUGAUGUAUAUUCUACCCUUUGUCAUUGCACCUGGGCUAAAACUGAAUACAAUGUCUGUUCAAAUGUAAAAUGGUAUAAUGAGAUUAUGUUAGAGGUUGAGAGUUCAGUAAAGACUCCUUAAUUGAUGUAUUUGUUGUUGUUAAUUUGUACAUACUGUAUAUAAAUAAAUAUCCAGUGUGAA